AUGUCGCCUUUACUUGGGGAUUCUACGUAUGAUCCCUCUCAAGAUACCGAGCCUGUCGAUGGCUUUAGAAAUAGCGGCGCUGUGGACGAACUGGUUCGGUUGAGCUACGAAGGGGCGAGCCAACCUGACGACGAUGAACUUGGCCGCCGCUCGGAAAUCGCAGAAUCCUUGAUAAGGGCAAUUACGAUCGCCGAACUGCGCAGACCCGCCUUACGAAUCAUUGCGGGCAGGGUUAACGGUACAAGCAACACUGCCGAGAUGUUUAAAGCCCUCCUCGAGCUGUUCGCCCCCAACGAUAAGAGCGGCCUGAUCACGGAGUUGAGAGACUUUAUGCCGCCUGGAUGGGAAAUGGAAUUUCCGAGUCCGAACGCGUAUGGUGGGCUGCGCGUGGUGCGUGUUAACGUGCCGCCAUCUGGCUUUGAAGUCUUUUGCGCAGUUUGGUGGUCUGGCUUAUGCCCCUUUCGGGGUGAGGCUUGGUGCUGCGUUGUGGUUGUUGAGUUCAAGUUGCCUCUUACCUGA